GCGGAAUAGCAUUGGCCAGCCCGCGGCCAUGUGUCAUGCGACGUUCUUGCAGCCGCAGCAGGGCGUGAAGGAUGUGACGCGCAGCAUUGCGCAGCUUGGGCGCCGGGGCCGCUGGGACGAUGUCCUGGCCGCUUGGAAGAGCUGCCGUUGCAACCAUUUGGAGACAGAUGUCAUGGUUUGCAAUGCUGCUGUGGCUGGGUGUCGCAGUGCCUGGCACGCCGCUCAGAUCCUAGUGGAGGCAAAGGGCAGCAGCUUGGAAGCGGAUGCAGUCACCUUGACCUCCCUCUUGCGCAGCUGGCGUGGUGGCGACUGGGAAAAGGCUUGCGCGGCCCUGGCCCAGGCCAGCAGCAGCUCUAUCCCGCCUGAUGCUGUUCUCUUUGCUGGCAUCCUGGCAGCCUGCAGCGCUGCUGGGCGCUGGGGCGAGGCCUUUCAAGUGCUGAGCGACUUGGAGGAUGUUUGCGACCAGCUCCAUCGCAACUCUGCGGCGGCUGCUUGCGAUACGGCAAAACGAUGGGACUUGGCUGUGACCUUGCUGGAGCUGGGGCGGCAGCGCAGGUCGCAGGUGGACGCCGUUGGCUUGAACUCUGCCAUCAGCGCCUGCGCAGGCGGCCCGUGGGAGCGGGCCAUGAUGAUCUUGCACAGCUUCGCCCAGUUCGGAUUUUUGCCGGAUCUCAUCAGCAUCAACACAGCCUUGAGUGCAGUGCCGGGCGAGCUGAUUCUGGGGCUUCUGCGUCAGCUGCGCCGCCAUCAGUUGCGACCCGACGUGCACACCUUCAGUUCUCUGAUGGUGGCCUACGUUAAGUCUGCAAAGUGGCAUCAGGCGUUGAAGCUUCUGCAGAGGAUGCCAAGGAGAAGGAUAAGGAGCAAUGCGUACACAUUCAGCUCAGUUGCUUCUGCGUGCAAAGAUCACUGGAAGCUGGCGCUGGGUGUGCUGUCGGACUCUAAGGCGCGCGCCUUGCCGGAAGCAGAGGCGCUGCUGGUGUCUGUGAUCAGCGCUUGUGAGGGUGGUGGCUGGAGGGCAGCGGUGCAAAUGGCAGUCUGGCCGUUGGCCUUAAAUGCUGCUGUAACAGCCGCUGGAGGCAGCGGCCACUGGCAAGAGGCCCUUCAAAUACUGGAGGCUUCCUUCCUUGUGGCCCUGCGGGCUGAUGCUGCCAGGUGCAAUGGAGCGAUAGGCAGCUGCAGCCGGUGCUCGAAAUGGGAGGAGGCGCUUCGACUCUUCAAACGGAUGGCAGAGGUUGGCCCAGAGCCAAAUGCCGUAUCCCAAAUUUCUGCCUUGAUGGCUUGCGGACGAGGCGACCAUUGGCAAGGGGCCGUGUUGCUGCUUUCAGAAGCUGAAGCGCCACAGGCCUUGGCCUUCUUCACAGCUUGCAGCGCCUGUGCGGCCCAGGGCCAGUGGCGCUGGGCGGUGGAGGUUGUUGCCAAGAUGAUUCGCGCAGGGUCCACGGCGAUCUCAGCAGAGACGAUCAACGCAGCAGUCAGCGCAUGCGAGAAGGGUGGCGGGCGUUGGGAGCAAGCCUUGGCAUUGCUGAGCCAGUUUGGUCGGGCUCGGCUGCCCAUCAGCAGCGUGGCCUUGAAUGCCGCCCUGAGCGCCUGCGAGAAGGCAAGGCAGUGGCAGCGAGCCCUGCGUUUGCUAUUUCUUCUUGACGGCCACGGAGGGGAGGGCUUCCUUGGAGUGCAGGCCACCGCGGUCAGCUUCAACGCAGCCGCCAGUGCCUGUGGGCGGGCGCGGCGUUGGCAGCGAGCUGCAGGCCUCCUGACCCAAAUGUCUGAAACUGGGACCAGGCCGGACUCCUACACCUUCAACGCUUUGGCCAGCUCUUUCGAUCGCGCUUCGCUUUGGGAGCAGGCUUUGGGUGCCCUGCGCCGCGCUCGCGUCGGGGAGCAGGCGUCCACGGUGGGCUUCAGCGCGGCCAUCAGCGCAUGCUCCAGUGCAAAAGGCUGGGCGCAAGCAUAUGCGGCGCUGCGGGUGGUGCUGGUGGAGCUACCGGCGGACGUCAUAUCAUUCAGCGCCGCGCUGACUAGCGCCACCUGGAACCAGGCCUUGGUCCUGUUCGCAGAGAUGACUCUCGCAAGUCUGCAGCUGGAGCUGAUCCCUUGCAGUGCUGGCAUCAGCGCUUGCGAAAGGGCCGGCCAGUGGGCUGCUGCUUUGGGCUUGUUGUCGGAGAUGUGGCUGCGGUCAGCGGAGCCCAGUGUCACCAGCGUGAAUGCGGCGCUUGCAGCAUGUGCUUUUGCCGCUUUGCAGCUCCUCAGGAAAGAGCAAGUCGAUGGCAUCCUGCUCUGGGCCUCCUCUUCUCUAUGCCCCUCAGGUCCUUGGAAGGUGACCUGAUCUCUGCAAAUUCGGUCCUUGCAGCCUGCGAGCGCCGAGGGAAAUUGGAAGCCAUCCAGGCUUUGCAAGAACUCACCGCUGCCUCCUUGGAAAGGUUUCUGAGACGCACAAGAGAGUUGAGAAAGGCCUACCAGUCACUGC